AGAGAGAGAGAGAGAGAGAGAGAGAGAGAGAGAGAGAGAGGGAGAGAGAGGGAGAGAUAGAGAGAGCAAAGUGGUCAAUGGCAAAAUUAAUUUCAUUUAAAGAUAUUGCUACAAUUAAUUUUAUCAUGGUUGACAACUAGCCUAGAUUUUCAAGGAAAUCAAACCAUCAAAUAGCUGAAAUGUGUUAAUAUUCGCAGCAGAAAAUUGACACACUUUACCUUCAAUGAAAAGUGGCCAUAGAGUCACACUGAUGGCACAUCAUGACUCAGUCAGGUUUUAAUAUUUGUGAUUUUGCAAUACUGAAAAAUGAUAGAUGUUACAUUGGUGCUGUAUGCUAGUGUAGAUGAGAUGCAAGCCUUGUUUGCACAAACGUCAGUCUGAAUAUUUUUUAAUAACUGUUGAAUGCUCGAUGAUUGUUAACUUGUCACUGUUUUCUGACAGGAAAGGUUAGAUCUAUGCAGUCUGUUUUUACAAAGCACUGACACCAAGAUGCUUCCCGUGAUUUGCAAGCUUGUAACUAACAAAAAUGCUAGCUAUCAGAGCAUUUCAAUGCCAGGGAGCACUGGGGUUUAAAACUUACCCAAAUGAGGUAAGCUAUUUUCCACAAAGGCUAUUAUAUAAACAUGUCAAGCUUUAUAAUUUAAACUGGCCAAAUGUUUUAUUUUUUAAAAAGCUACAUACCAAAUAGCUAAACUUAGAAUUACAAUAUAUAAAUUAAUAAUUAUUAGAAGUGAAUCGUGCUAGUGGGUCAAAAUAAUCCUUAGCCUAAUGGUUAAAAUCAUAAUAAAUGUGCCUCAACUUUAUAAUAUUAUCAAAAAGGGAAAAAAAAAAGAAUAAAUCAUGUUCGGAUGUUACUGUUACUAUUGAAAGUUGUAUAAAAUACAGUACAAAUGGCAACAUGACAGGUUUGUCAUUAUACCAUUAUAUUAAAAAAAUAAUCAUUAUAUCUUUCAUCGUAUUUUAAGCUUUUACCAAUAUUGCACAUUAGAAUAAAUCAUUAUACUUAUCAUAUCAAUGAUGAGAAAACUCAGUGGACACAACCAGAGUUGAAGCUAGUAGAAUUUCAUUGAAGUACAAAAUAUCUCUUUUUAUCAUUUUGCCCCCAAAUUGCUGAAAUGUGUGUUAAACCAAAGAUUCUGAAGAUGUAUGUUUACACAUGUAAGUCUGCGUUUGCUAACUACAGAACGCUGUGGUGCGUGAAAACAUUAUGAUUGUAUUUUUAAACUGUGUCUUUUUUUGCUCUUGUUUGAAUGAAGCCAGAAUGAUCGACACUGAAAACAAAGAAAGGAACUUGAGCAAGCUACAUUUGAUUCUUGCUACAGGAGAACCCCAUUUGACUCGAUGGGAGACCAAAGGAAACAACAGUUACCAUUUUACACCUUUCUCUUCGUUACAUUCGGGCAUCUUAUCACGUCACUGUCUCCUCCACCAACAGUAGCUCCUCUCUUCCAUAGGCCUUUUGUGCUGUUAUGGAACGCUCCUGUUUCUAAAUGCCAACAACUGAAGGUCCCUCUGGAUUUAUCGCUCUUUGAGGCGGUCACCACACCGGCCAGGCAACGCAAUCAAUCCCUUACCCUGUUCUACAAAAAUCGAAUUGGCCUUUACCCCUAUGUAGACGUCCACUCCUCAAAAGAGUAUAAUGGCGGUAUACCGCAGAGGGGCAACCUGUCUGCUAGUUUGGAUAAAGCUAAGGAAGAGUUCACCCAGUACAUUCUGGACUCAACCACUGGUCUUGCCGUCAUGGAUUGGGAAGAGUGGCUUCCAAUGUUUGACAGGAAUUUGGACAAUAAGGAGAUCUACAAGGAACUGUCCAUCAACUAUACUCUCCAGCAGAAUUCUUCCCUUGACCUGCAACAGGCAACAGACUUGGCCAAACUACAAUUCCAGCAAGAAGCCAGACGUUUCAUGAAAGAAACUCUGAAAAUGGGAAUCGAUCUUCGACCCCUGCAUCUGUGGGGCUAUUACUUGUUCCCAGACUGCUAUAACUAUGACUUUGAGGAGUCAAACUAUACGGGAGCUUGCUCAGAACACACAAAACAGUUGAACGACGAGCUGCUCUGGCUGUGGGAGCUUAGCACCGCCCUUUACCCAUCAGCAUAUCUGCCGGUUUCUGUGAGUGGAAGCAGGAGCGCUGCACUGUUCGUUCGCCAUCAGGUGCAAGAGGCAACGAGAGUGGCAGCCCUGCCAAAACGUCAUCACACUGCACCAGUCUACAUCUAUCUACGACCUCUUUUAAGAGACCAGAAGGAGCUUUACAUGAACGAGAUUGACUUGGUAAGCAGUAUCGGUGAGAGUGCAGCCCUGGGGGCUUCUGGAGCUGUGCUAUGGGGGGCUAGUGCUGAUUACAAAGACAAGACCUCAUGUGAAGCCUUGUCUGCAUACCUGUCUGAAACUUUAAACCCCUACAUUGCCAACGUCACCUCUGCGGCCCAACUCUGCAGCAAAAGUCUCUGUCAAGGCAACGGACGCUGUGUCCGCAAGAACUACAACUCAGAAGAUUACCUCCACGUUAGUUCAGGAAGCCUCCAAAUCAUUAGGAAAGAUGGGAAAUAUGUGGUCACGGGGACUCCCUCAGCCAACGAUCUCGCUUACUGGAAAAACAAAUUCACUUGUCAGUGCUACGAAGACAGGAAGUGCACAGCUACUAUAACCUCUUUCUAACAGAAAAUGUUGUAGAUUAAGUAGACAAAUGUAUUGCAUUUAAAGACGGUAACUCAUACAUAACUGCAUUAAAAGUGAGUUCAUGUUUUACACUAAUGAUAGACUGUAUAGAUAGCACAUGCAAUUGUCUAAUAAAUGUAUGAUUUGUCACAAAAUGUCAAACACGUAAUUAUUUAAACUUUCAUUAGGCAUUUUGAAACUAUAUAAACAGACGCAUGAAUGUUGGAGUCGUAAUGGAUGCAAAAGUAAAAAUAAAAAAAGAGAGUAAAAGUCA